GGAGACACUAUCCGACUUUAGAAAUGUCUCUUAUCUCCGAGGAAAACAUCCGAGGAAGGAGCGUUUUCAAGGAUAUCGGCGCUGACGACGGAGACUGGGAGCCCACAGAGAUCGAGAGCAUGUGUAUGAACUGCCACCUGAACGGUAUGACACGAUUACUGCUCACUAAAAUCCCGUUUUUUAAAGAAGUCAUCGUCAGCUCGUUCAGCUGCGCGAACUGCGGCUGGUCAGAUACCGAGAUCCAGUCUGCGGGACGGAUCCAGGACCAGGGCGUCUCUUACACACUCACAGUCAAAUCCAAACAGGACCUGGACCGGGAGGUGGUGAAAUCAGACAGUGCCACCACAAGGAUCCCUGAGCUGGACUUUGAAAUCCCUCCCUUCACCCAGAAAGGUGCCCUCUCCACCAUCGAGGGGCUUUUGGACCGAGCAGUUUCGGGAUUGGAGCAAGAGCAGCCAAUCAGGAGGGCGACUGACCCCGACGUGGCCGACAAGAUAGACGAGUUCAUCCAGAAGCUGAAGAGGUUAAAAGACGUGGAGGAGGAAUUCACGCUGGUGGUCGAGGAUCCGUCCGGGAACAGCUUCGUGGAGAACCCCGUGGCCCCGCAGAAGGACGAGGCUCUCGCCGUGACCCGCUUCAAGAGGUCGGCGCAGCAGGACGCGCUGCUGGGAAUACGGGCCGACGACGACUUCGACGAAGAGCCGGCCGGGAACGACGUCGACGCCAUGAGAAACGAGGUUUUGGUGUUCAACACAAACUGCCCGGAGUGCAACGCGCCAGCCUCGACCAACAUGAAGAUGGUCCAGAUCCCCCACUUCAAGGAGGUCAUCAUCAUGGCGACGAACUGCGACAGCUGCGGCCACCGGACCAACGAGGUGAAGUCGGGAGGCGCCACGGAGGAGCUGGGCACCAGAAUCACCCUGAACAUCACCGACCCAUCGGACAUGAGUCGAGACGUCCUCAAGUCGGAGACGUGCGCCAUCCUCAUCCCGGAGCUGGAGUUGGAGGUGGGCAUGGCGACGGUGGGUGGGAAGUUCACCACCUUGGAGGGGCUCAUGAAGGACAUCAAAGAUCUGACCGUGUCCAAAAACCCCUUCAUCAGCGGGGACAGCUGCUCCUCAGACCGCGUGCAGAAGCUGAGAGAGUUCGGGGAGAAGCUCGAUAACAUCAUGUCCGGAGAAAUGAAAGUCCACUUUGUUCUGGACGACCCGGCGGGGAACAGCUACCUGCAGAACGUGUACGCGCCUGACCCGGAUCCUGAGCUGACCAUAGAGAAGUACACCCGCACAUUUGAGCAGAACGAAGACCUCGGUCUGAACGACAUGAAGACUGAGGGAUACCAGGAAGAGGAGGAGGAGGAGGAGGAAAAAUAAACUAGAAACACCGACUGAAUGGACUAAAAAGAGGAAAUAAUGUCUUGGAAAAGUCCCAGUGUUUAUACAUGUCAACGUAUUUUCAUGCAUUCUAAGUUUAACAUUUGGUAAAAAAAUGUUUUUCCAUUCUUUAUUUUAAUGGUGAGAGGAGAUUUAAGUUGUGUAAACGUACACUGAAAAUAAGCAGAAAGAAGCACUUGAGCAACUUAUGUACAAAACAGGCUGUUAUUAAAAAAAUAUAUUUCCUUUAACUUCUUUUUUUUUUAGCUCUCUUACGCUUUUACUGCAUUCUCAUGACUUCCCAGAAGAUGGCGCUUUGUUGCCUCGAAACAUGAUAAUUUUUCUCACAUAGGACGACGACCUGUGUGACAGAUGAAUCUUUAUUUUUUAACACCUGUAAGCAUGACAUCAAAUAAAGAAAAGUGUCUCAGUUAA